AAAUCAUAUUUGAAGUAUUAUACUCCAUUGGGAUCAACUUCCUGUUUCUGAGGGAAGUGACGUUUAACCUUAUACGUCGGCUCUCCAUUCUUUUCUAUUAUAGAGAGGACGUCACCGUUGACGUUCCUUACUGGCGGGUGAAUUUGAAAAGAAACGCGGCUCCGCGACUGACUGAGGAGGGGCGGCGAAUUACGGUGCGAGGGAGCCUCUGAGGAAAGAGAGGCUGCUGGCUUGUAGUACCAUGAUUAGAGAGGCUUCAGAAAUGUUGUAGUGCUUUAUUGGGGUCGAGUGUUCUUCAGGUCGACGGAAGAAGGAGGCGUGCCUAAAGGCCGUCAGCUCGGAUCCACUUGUGUUGCCCUUCCCCUGCAACAAUGAGGCGCAACUCCAGUACCAGCCGCAUCAGUUGUCGGCAGUCCAUCCAGCCUCUCAGGGUGCACGAUAUCAACAAGAUGGGACCCCAUACUCCUCAGACGCAAGAAAGGAGGACAACCUUUGGAAAGCUGAGUGUGGGGAAGCAUGCACCAGGAACAUUGGAAAGGAAAACUAGCUUCUUUGGCAAAAGAACCAGUGGCCCUGGAAGCUUACAAAAUGGUCAGUAUGCUGCAUUCGGCAGUGUGGAGAAGAUCAAGGAACCUAGGCCACUUCAUGAUAAAGCAUUCAUCCAGCAAUGUAUCCGACAACUCUGUGAAUUUCUUAUAACAUAUGGCUAUAGUCCUAAUGUUUCUGUGAAGUCACUCCAGACUCCAUCUGUUAAGGACUUCAUGAAAAUCUUCAGUUUUAUUUAUGGGAUUUUUAGCCCUCUUUAUGAGCUUCCUAGUUCUAAGUUUGAAGAAGAAAUCCCAAGAUGCUUUAAAGAGCUUGGGUAUCCCUUUGCAUUGUCAAAAAGCUCUAUGUACACAGUGGGAGCACCACAUACAUGGCCUCAGAUUGUAGCAGCUUUGGUCUGGCUGACAGAUUGUGUCAAGUUGUAUUUUUCUAUGAAAGAAACACCACCAUUUGAUGAAGGACAGACCUUGGAAGGAGAAACUGAAGAUGGAAUUGUACAUAACAAGCUUUUUUUAGAAUACACUGUAAAAUGUUAUGACCAUUUUAUGAGGGGUGGAGACACAUUUGAAGAAUUUGAUACUGAAAUAUACUCCAAAUUAAAGGAUCUAUUCAAGAUAAAUGAAAAUCAUUUAGAGGCAUUAGGAGCAGAAGAAAAGAGGCUGAAUGAAGAGAUUGCAAGGCGUGAGAAGGAGAGAGAAAGUGAACCGGAUCGUUUAGUGACUCUACGGAAACUGAAAUCGUCUUUACAGGCAGAUGUUAGGAAAUAUGAGGCUUAUAUGGCCAACCUGGAAUUUCACUCAAGCAGUAUCAGUCAAAAAUCAAAGAGUAUUACUGAGGAGUUUGAGGCUGCUGCCAUGGAAAUUGAAGCACUGAAAGAGGAGAACACUAAACUGAAGCACAUUUGUGAUCAUCAGAAGCACUCUGUUGCAGAUAUUGAGAGACUAAAAAGUGAAAUAGAGGAUAUGCAGCAGGCAGUCAAUAAACUAAACAAGGAACUGGAGACAGAACAACAUCAGUUGUGGAAUGAGGAAUUAAAAUAUGCUAGAGUAAAAGAAGGGAUUGAAACACAAUUGGCAGACUACCAUAAAUGGGCUCGAAAGCUAAAACUAAUACCUAUAUGUUCAGAGAAUUCUGGUGGCAUUGAUUUUGAGAUUAAGUUUAAUCCAGAUGCAAGACCAAACUGUCUGACCAAACACAGAAAUCAAAUUCGUGCAACCCUUAUGCAGCUCAUAAGCAAGACUGAAGAAGAAAUUGCUAACGCUACAAAGAAAAAAAUUGAUUUAGAGGAUACCUUAGAACAGGCAAGUACAAUGGAAGCAGAACAGAAGAGCAGUGUGAAAAUGCUAAGAGAAGAGGGCCAAAAACUGGAAGAUCUCUGUCAGCAAAAAAUGAAGGAAGUUGAAGAAGAAGAAGAAAAAGGUAUCAAAGAGCUGCAGUUGUUGGAAAAACAUAAAUGUUUGCUUGAGAGUGGAGUCAAUGAAGGUGUCAGUGAAGCUAUGAAAGAGCUACAUGAAUUUCGAUGCCAAUACCAAGUGGUUAUGAAAACAACAUUGGAAGAGAACAGGAAAGUGGACAAAAAUCUUCAACACCUUCUGGAACUGAUAUUUAGUCAUCUUGAGUCUGUAGAGAAGUACCUAGCUGAACAGAAUGCAAAAAUUGAUAGAGAAUUUCAUGAAUUAAUGGCUGAAGAUCCAUUGGCGAACUUGAGAGAAAUUCUAGAUAGUUACAAAAAGAAGACCAAUACUUUGAAUGCCUUGGACAAAUGAGAGUGACAGUGUAAUUUGUAUAAGGUUCAAAGGUGUGAUAUGCUUAAACUUGCUUUAUUUCUACAUAUUCCUAUUUAGCAUGAGUAUUUCAUAGAUGAGAAAGUAAAAUUACAACUUUAUCUCUUUGUGGUUGGAUCCAGCACUGUUGCUUCUUGUUAAUAUCCCUGUCUUCCAAUUUAAUCCCUUAACUUGAAUGUGGCAAUGUUUAAAUUAUUUUGUGUCAUAGAUACACAUAAACACCACACCUCUUCUAAGAUGUUAUCUGCCACACUAGUUUUUUGUAAGUUGUUGUAGCUCUUCUUCAAAAGGAAGCUUUCAGGCAAAUGGCUGACAAAACAAGCUCUUUGCAGAUGUGAAGACCAUUCUUAUACUUUUUGCAUUUUUUUGGACAUGUAUAACUUUCAUAAGAAAGCAAUAUUGGGCUAAGUAAUUUCAAAAGUACAAGAACCCUUGGGGGCAACUUGAAACAAAAUGUUCUAUUACAAGCUUUCUUUCUGAUGUUGGGUGAUUAUGGGCUGGGAUAAAUAAACUUGAACUAGUGAGCUACUUAGCACUAUCUAAAUAAUCUCUCAAUUAAACUACUAUUUUGUAUAGUUCUCUCACAUGUAAUAUGUUAGAAUAAAUUUGUUU